UCUCUACAAUAAAACUAAUGGAAAAGUGCUGAAGCGUCUCUUUAGAAGUGGAGACUCUCCAAACUGACAGGACUACACAACAGACCCAGGAGAGACAACACACAGUUCUGGGAUUACUUCUUGAGGAAUUUUCUCAUCGAAAACUAACACUAACUUCACACAGCAUUUGGCUAUCAUUUUCUUCUGUUUUACAGUUUUCACCAGGGUUUGUACAACACAGGACUAUUUUGAAAUCAUAACAAUACCUUUCACAAUAGUCCCACAGGCGUUGUGAGUCUGGCAAGCGAGGCUACUUUCACACAAGCUUCAAACUAUCUUUAAAGUAUCGUCAGUUGUUUUUGGACUAUUUGGGCUGUGGACUGUCCAAUUCACCGUCUUGAGUCACUCUGACUGCCUGGACCAUUUUACGUUUUUAUAAACCGUUUUUGGAGACUAUUCUACCCCCAGGACUACCCUACCUCUCAUUGCCAUGGCGAACAGCUGUCUCCAGCUCAGCGGUUUUGUGAUGAGUUGUAUCGGCUGGGUCGGGAUCCUUAUCGCCACGGCCACCAACGACUGGGUAGUGACAUGUAAAUAUGGCAUGAACACCUGCAAGAAGAUGGACGAGUUAGGAGCCAAGGGCCUGUGGGCUGAAUGUGUCAUUUCAACCGCCCUCUAUCACUGUAUAUCACUGACACAGAUAUUGGACCUACCGGCAUACAUCCAGACGUCGAGGGCGUUGAUGAUAACUGGAUCCCUCCUGGGGCUGCCUGCAGUGGGGAUGGUCCUAACAGCCACGCCCUGCAUCUCUCUGGGUGAUGAGCCUCAGUCAGCCAAGAACAAACGAUCCCUACUUGGGGGAGUUCUCAUACUGCUAGUGGCUCUCUGUGGGGGGGUGUCCACCGUAUGGUUUCCUAUCGGAGCCCACCAGGACCAGGGACUCAUGUCGUUUGGGUUCAGCCUGUACGCUGGCUGGGUGGGCACGGCCUUCUGUCUCCUGGGAGGGGCCAUGAUCACCUGCUGUUCUACUGAACCGUCCCAACACUACAAUCACCAUGACAACGACAGGUUCUACUACUCCAAAGGACAGGGGCCUGGCAACCCUGUUCCACCCUCCACUAACCACGCCAAGAGUGCCCAUGUUUAGACACACAUGAAGUACAUACAUGCACACACACACACGCACACGCACACACACACAGACACACACCAGUGUUGUGUAACGCAGAGCGACGUCUAACCUGGAGCCUGAAGAGAAACCAAGGGGUCCUGAUCGGGACAACCCUGCUCUGAUGAAGGACUAAUUUUCAUCUCUUUGUUAUACAAUGAAGGCUAGGAUUAGGGUUCUUUAUUUUACAAUGAAGGCUAGGGUUAGGGUUCGGGUUCUUUGUUCUACAAUGAAGGCUAGGGUUAGGGUUAGGGUUCUUUAUUUUACAAUGAAGGCUAGGGUUAGGGUUCUUUAUUUUACAAUGAAGGCUAGGGUUAGGUUCUUUAUUUUACAAUGAAGGCUAGGGUUAGGGUUCGGGUUCUUUGAUCUACAAUGAAGGCUAGGGUUAGGGUUAGGGUUCUUUAUUUUACAAUGAAGGCUAGGGUUAGGAUUAGGGUUCUUUAUUUUACAAUGA